AUGUCGAAUACGAUGCGUGCUGCGCUAGACGACCAGGCCCCCAAACCAGCGUCGCAUACCGAUGACUUCGGCUUGCCUAUCCGACAUUAUCAAGCCAGGGCACCGCCAGGAGGCACGACGGUGUUGGCCCCUGCCGAAGACGCAUACGAGGGAGCGACUGAUGCCACGAAGGCUGUUUCUCUGGACAAACACGGAAGCAGCUCGUCGCAACUACCGCCGGCAGCCCCAACUUCAGCGUCAACCUCGAAUACCAAAAGCGGCAAGCCCUUUCACGAAAAUAACAGCGACGGCGGCGACGCAGACAACGCCGAUUGCGUAGAUGCGCAGACCGCAGUGCCCAUUAAUGCAUGUCGAUCUGACAAAACUGAGCCCGGCUCCAAUGCAUUACGGACGCCUGGUGCCAUGUUGGCCAAGGACAACCCAAGUGCCGGAACGACUUCAGAAUGUUACCCAGAAAUAGACGAAACGUCCCAUAACAAAACUCGAGCCCCAAAUGCAGUAGAGAACGAGGAAAAGGGCGAUGCCGUCGUCGACGCCAGGGAGGAGCCAAACCACUCCCCUGAUGUGACAACAAGCAACGCACGUGCCAAGUCCGAACAAGUCUCCAGCAGUCAACCCAAGGUCGCUCAUAGUCGAAACGCGAGUGGCGUGAGUGCUUCCAGCAUCGGCAGCGGCCCGAAUGUUGUCUUGUCUGAAUUGUCUGAAUUCUCUCAUCAAAAGCUCUCGACACAGAAAGAACAGGCGGAGGAGGAGGAUGAGGACGCCGAUAGUGGCUGGCAGGCUAUGCCAGCUUUUGCCCCGUACGACAUAUAUGAUGACGACAACCGCCUGAUUGCUCGGGAACACAACGAUGAGGACGACGAAAAAUACGGCUACAGCGGACUGGGGGGGGCUGGAAAGGGUUAUACUCGCGUUGUCAUGGACGAUGACGCCGAAUCCGCAACGAGCAUGGACGAAAACACCCAGUAUCUUUUCAAAGAUGCUAGAGGAACAGCCCUCGCGGACGAGGAAGGACGUGAUGCUAUAUCGCAGAUGCAAGCCACCAAGGAUCUGUUGACCGAGGGUCAAAGAAUAGCCUACGUUGGAGUGGUGCGCCUGGAGAUUGCCAACAUGUUGAAGGAGAUACAGGAGCGGCAGCCCGCCAAGAAGAAUAAGAGACACAUCACCAUGAGCGCCGAAUCCCAGAAGAUGUGGGGCCAAAAGAUGAUGAUCCGGCUUUACUCUCACAUGGAUAUAAGCGAGGCGGAACAGAUCAUGAUUGAGCAGCUGGCAGAGCAUGGCGUCAUGCCAAGGGACCUAACACCGGCUUUGCAUGCCAACUCGCGAGUUCACAACCCGAUGGCCGAAGAAAGCAAGCGUAGCCCAGGGUCGAGCUCCGCAUCUCCAUCGGCUUCGCCUCGAGAAGACGAAGAGCCUGCAGAGUUGUUGCCGCCUCCGUACGGGAGCAUAGACCACAGUGAGGUGCCGGCGGUGCAAUCACCUAGCCAGCUUCCAACGACGCAGAAGAUCGACAUCGACCUUCGUUGGACGGUCCUGUGUGACCUGUUUCUGAUUCUGGUUGCAGAUUCGAUAUAUGAUGCUCGCUCCCGAGUUUUGCUGGAACGCGUGGCAGGCAGCCUGGAGAUCUCAUGGAUUGACAUUUGCAAAUUUGAGAGGCGAGUUACUGACGCGUUGGAAAUGCAACAGGCGGCUGAAAAGGAGAACUGGAACGAAGACGAGCACAUGGAAUCUCGACGGAAGAUGGCGCAAACGCGAAGGCUCAUGAUGAUGGGGCUCGCAACGGUUGGUGGUGGCUUGGUUAUUGGAUUGUCCGCGGGCUUGCUGGCUCCCGUCAUCGGUGCCGGUCUCGCCGCAGGCUUCACCACCAUUGGUGUCACCGGGACGAGCAGCUUCCUGGCCGGAGCCGGUGGUGCGGCCAUCAUCACAUCUUCGGCAGCUGCUUCGGGGAGUUUAAUCGGCGGGCGUGCUGCCAAUCGCCGUACUGGAUCAGUCAAGACAUUCGAGUACCGGCCGUUGCACAACAACAAGCGUGUCAACCUUAUUGUGACUGUGUCGGGAUGGCUGACUGGCAAGGUGGAUGAUGUGCGCCUGCCUUUCAGUACGGUGGACCCCGUCAUGGGGGACAUUUAUUCCGUUCUAUGGGAACCUGAGAUGCUGCGAAGCAUGGGUGACACCAUCAACAUUUUGGCGACUGAGGCCCUCACUCAAGGCUUGCAGCAGAUUCUGGGUAGCACGAUCCUCGUCAGUCUGAUGGCCGCCUUGCAGCUGCCCAUGGUGUUGACAAAGCUUUCGUAUCUAAUCGACAACCCCUGGGCGGUGUCUCUCGACAGGGCCACGUCAGCUGGAUUGAUCUUGGCUGAUUCACUCAUGGACCGCAGCCUAGGGACGCGGCCAAUUACUCUUGUUGGCUACUCCAUUGGCGCCCGAGUUAUAUUCUCGUGCCUGCGAGAACUCUCCAAGCGUAAUGCCUAUGGCUUGGUGCAAAAUGUCUACUUGUUUGGCUCGCCAGUUGUGGUUAAGAACGACGAAUUUCUGCGAGCCAGGACGGUUGUUUCGGGCCGUUUUGUGAAUGGCUUCAACCGAAACGACUGGAUUCUUGGCUACCUCUUCCGUUUGACCAACGGCGGCAUUCGCAGAGUGGCGGGGCUCGCGGCCGUCGGCACUCGGGGGGUGGAAAACAUUGACGUCACAGAGGAAGUCACUGGCCACAUGCAGUACCGAACCGCCAUGCCCGUUCUUCUGAGGAAAUGCGGUUGGGAGGUGGAGAGCGAUGAAUUCUCCGAGAUCGAGGAUCCCGAUCCGGAAAACCACGAUGAGCGGCAGCGGGAACUCAUCAAUGAAAUCGAAGAAGCCCGCAAGGAGCUGGAGAAGGAGGGCAAGAAGAAGAGCAGCCGAUUCAGCAUAUUUGGGCGGCGAAAGAAGAUUGAGCGCCAGGAGUGGGAGGUUUACGAGGAGUCGGCCCACAAAGACGGCAAGGAUGCCAAAGCCAGCGGUGGCAAAGCGGAAGAUGGGAAUAGCAGUAAUCACGGCGUCCUGUUCGACGUGGAUGCAAUCCGAGCCGAGUUGGCAAAGGAAGCUUACGGGGACACGGAUGCGGAUGCCGAACUGACGCUACAGAUCAAGGAGAUCAUAUCGACUCUGCCGCCGAUGAAGCUGGACGUCCCCCGCAGCACUCGGCCGAUCCCGCCCUCUUGUGCAGAUGCACGGGGUUCCUUGCGCGAGACCAAGAGUGCGGACAUGAUCAUCGCAAGUGGGACAGGUUACGCAAGUGCUUACGGUUCACGCGAACUGUCUGCCUAUCACGCCGACGCGCUUGAAGAGGAGGUGCAAAUGACAUUCGACACUUCGUUUGAUGAACCUAGCCUCACCCAUGCGGAAACACUGGCUCUUGGCGAACCUACUUGCAGCCGACCGGGAAUGCGUACCUCACAAACGUUGCCCAAUAUUGCCAUUUCAGACCCAUGGGCAGAUCCAGAUGACGAGGACUUUGGGACAGAGAAGGAGAUUUCCAUGACUUUUGCAUAG